CAGGAGCCUCUCGCGCCUCUUCCUCUCAGGCGGGGGCCGCGCAGACAGCCGAGGUGAGCCCGGCCCGGCCCGGUUCGGUUCCGUUCUGCUCCCUUCCCCUACCACCCUUCGCUGAGGGUGGAGUGCGGCGGAAGAGAACCACUGGGGCUGGGCUGAGCGGUUGCCGGGAGCUUGGGAGCUGCCGCGUCUCCGGCAGAGUGCGGGGUGGAGAUGCCCCCGAAAAAGGGAGGCGACGGGGUUAAGUCGCACCCGAUCAUCGGGAGGUUUGGGACGUCCCUGAAGAUCGGGAUCGUCGGGCUGCCAAACGUUGGGAAAUCAACAUUUUUCAACGUGUUAACGAAAAGUCAAGCAGCAGCAGAAAAUUUUCCUUUCUGUACCAUUGAUCCAAAUGAGAGUCGAGUACCUGUGCCAGAUGACAGAUUUGACUUCCUGUGCCAAUAUCACAAACCUCCAAGCAAAAUUCCAGCCUUUCUGAAUGUGGUGGAUAUUGCUGGCCUCGUGAAAGGAGCCCACACUGGCCAAGGCUUGGGAAAUUCCUUCUUGUCUCAUAUUAACGCCUGUGAUGGAAUCUUUCAUCUGAUGCGAGCAUUUGAAGAUGAUGAUAUUACUCAUGUUGAAGGAAGCGUAGAUCCUGUUCGUGACAUCGAAAUAAUACAUGAAGAACUCAGACUUAAAGAUGAGGAGCUGAUCUUGCAGAGUAUAGACAAGCUUGAAAAAGUAGCUGUAAGAGGAGGAGACAAGAAAUUAAAGCCUGAAUAUGAUGUAAUGUGCAAAAUCAAGACCUGGGUAAUAGAUGAAAAGAAAGCUGUCCGCUUCUAUCAUGAUUGGAAUGACAAAGAGAUUGAUGUUUUGAACAAACAUUUGUUUUUUACUUCAAAACCGAUGAUCUACUUGGUUAACCUCUCUGAGAAGGACUACAUUAGAAAGAAAAACAAGUGGUUGAUAAAAAUUAAAGAGUGGGUGGACAAGCACGACCCGGGAGCUUUGGUCAUUCCUUUUAGUGGGGCCUUGGAACUCAAGUUGCAAGAUAUGAGUGCUGAGGAGAAACAGAAGUAUCUGGAAGAGAACAUGACACAAAGUGCUUUAGCAAAGAUCAUUAAGGCUGGAUAUGCAGCACUCCAACUAGAAUACUUUUUCACUGCAGGCCCAGAUGAAGUGCGUGCAUGGACCAUCAGGAAAGGGACGAAGGCUCCUCAGGCAGCAGGGAAGAUUCACACAGAUUUUGAAAAGGGAUUCAUUAUGGCUGAAGUAAUGAAAUAUGAAGAUUUUAAAGAAGGAGGUUCAGAAGCAGCUGUCAAGGCUGCUGGAAAAUACAGACAACAAGGCAGAAAUUACAUUGUCGAGGAUGGAGAUAUUAUCUUCUUUAAAUUUAAUACACCUCAACAACCCAAGAAGAAAUGAAUAUCAGAUGUUGUUCAUUGCUCAGAAAUAAACUGUGCUGCUUCAAAAAGCACAUGAAUUUUUAUUUAGGAUGAAAUAUCUGGAAACAAAAAGCAUACAGUUUCUACCUAGGGAACCUCCCCUCCCCCAGUGAAAUUAUUCUUGUUUGUUUUGAAUUAAAAUAUGGCACCUCCAGCAAACAUGCAAGUUCACUAAAUGUGAACAGCUUUGCAUUUCAAACGAUUAAGACCCUACUCCAAAUUGUAGAAGCUUUUCAGGAACCAUAUUACUCUCAUGAUACUUCAUUAAUCUCCAUCAUGUAUGCCAAGCCUGACACGUUUGACAGUGAGGACAAUGUGGCUUGCUCCUUUUUGAAUCUACAGAUAAUGCAUGUUUUACAGUACUCCAGAUGUCUACACUCAAUAAAACAUUUGACAAAACCA